AUGGCGGACCGAGACAGCGGCAGCGAGCAGGGUGGUGCGGCGCUGGGCUCGGGCGGCUCCCUGGGGCACCCGGGCUCCGGCUCGGGCUCCGGCGGGGGCGGUGGUGGCGGCGGGGGCGGCGGCGGCAGUGGCGGCGGCGGGGCCCCGGGGGGGCUGCAGCAUGAGACGCAGGAGCUGGCCUCCAAGCGGGUGGACAUCCAAAACAAGCGCUUCUACCUGGACGUGAAGCAGAACGCCAAGGGCCGCUUCCUGAAGAUCGCCGAGGUGGGUGCGGGCGGCAACAAGAGCCGCCUCACUCUCUCCAUGUCCGUGGCCGUGGAGUUCCGCGACUACCUGGGGGACUUCAUCGAGCACUACGCGCAGCUGGGCCCCAGCCAGCCGCCCGACCUGGCCCAGGCGCAGGACGAGCCGCGCCGGGCGCUCAAGAGCGAGUUCCUGGUGCGCGAGAACCGCAAGUACUACAUGGAUCUCAAGGAGAACCAGCGCGGCCGCUUCCUGCGCAUCCGCCAGACGGUCAAUCGGGGGCCCGGCCUGGGCUCCACGCAGGGCCAGACCAUUGCGCUGCCCGCUCAAGGGCUCAUCGAGUUCCGCGACGCUCUGGCCAAGCUCAUCGACGACUACGGAGUGGAGGAGGAGCCGGCAGAGCUGCCCGAGGGCACCUCCUUGACUGUGGACAACAAGCGCUUCUUCUUCGAUGUGGGCUCCAACAAGUACGGGGUGUUUAUGCGAGUGAGCGAGGUGAAACCCACCUACCGCAACUCCAUCACCGUGCCCUAUAAGGUGUGGGCCAAGUUCGGACACACCUUCUGCAAAUACUCGGAGGAGAUGAAGAAGAUUCAAGAGAAGCAGAGGGAGAAGCGAGCUGCCUGUGAGCAACUCCACCAGCAGCAGCAGCAGCAGCAGGAGGAAACCGCCGCUGCCACCCUGCUACUGCAGGGUGAGGAAGAAGGGGAAGAAGAUUGA